AUGAUCUGUCCACAUGGUGAUAUGACAGUUAUUGGUCACAAUGAGAUUCUGGAUAUUACUGCCGAAUGGUUGAGCAGGGUGUGCAAUGUAAGCGAGAAAGAGCCGCAACUACAGCCUAUUACCGGCGAAAGUAUAUUUCCUAAGUCAGCAAAUAAGAAAGAAGAAGCAAGAUCAGAUAUAAAGGCAAAAGGCUUCUGGUGUCGACAGCAAAGUGCAUUUUUUGAUAUAAGGGUGUUUCAUCCCAACGCACCAAGCUAUCGUAACUUCAGUAUUCCCUCCUUAUACUGAAAUCAUGAACAGAUGAAGAAGAGAGAAUAUGGUGAGAGAAUAAGAAAAAUCGGGCAUGGUUCUUUACCCCUGUAAUCUUUUCAACCAGUGGUGGUCUUGGUAAAGAAUCAACAGUCGCGUAUAAGAGAAUUGCUGAAUUAUUAGCGAUUAAACGGAAGUCAGAAUAUGGUGCUACUCUAGCAUGGAUGAGGUGCCGUCUCUCUUUCGCCCUUUUGAGAUCGGCGAUCGCCUGUAUCCUAGGUACAAGAGAAUCUGCACGUGAGAUAUACCAUACUUUUCGAUAAUGUAUACAAUUUCAUUUUUAUUAUAUAGUUUUGCAGUUCUGACUGAGUAUAAUCUUAAUCGGUACAAUGAAUGGUGUCAUUUGAAGCUGACAUAUUAAUUAUUACAAAAAUGUCAACAAAUUGAUUUUGCCUCCCCAUCAGAGAUAUAUAGUACAGAGACGACGGAUUGGCUAUGAUAAAAAAAUAAUCAAAAUUUUGGCAGAUAAAACGAGAAAGAACUAAACAAAACUUUCGAGCAAUUUAAGUGUAUUCUUUUUUUUAUAUAAACAGUAUUUUAUGAAACAAAUUAAAUGCAAUUGCUCCAAAAGCGUCGAAGCUUAUCUAGGGAGCUUUUGCUAAAAAAGUGUAUUAGCGCAUUUAUAGUGAGCGAAAUUAAGUGUAUUUAUAGUGCUCGAAAUUUAUAGUGAAAAUUUAACUGUUGUACUUGUCUUUUCAACAGACAGAGGCCAUGCUAUCAAUAUCUGCCCAACAAGAGAGGUUACAGCAUCCAGUGGACAGAUUAGAUCUCCUAACUAUCCAAGCAACUAUCCAGCGAGCACUGAUUGUACCCUAACGAUCAAACAACCCUUGGACACAAAUUUUAUUUUCACUUUUAUCAUGCUUGAUAUGGAGAGUCCAUUUGUCGGUAGGUAACGUAAUUUAUGUUACACUCGAGAGCUUGUCCGUAUCUGCGCGGCUAACUGGGAAACUCCCGCGACUCAGGUUCGCGUGUUAUUGUUAAUGCCGGUAAAGUCGUUCGAUAUUGCCCAAGGACAAAUUGAAUAAUUUUUGAUGAAAUUUGGAUGAAAUUUGGGUGCAGGAAAAAUUUGCAAAGGUUUAUUUGUCUUGCUAUACCGGGCGGAGUAAACUAUAUAUGUGAUUAACCCAUUGUAUAAUUUUUGCAUGGCACAUAACUUAAUUGUUUUAUAUUGCUGGUGGUGGUGCUGGUGGUUGGGGUGGUGGUGGUUGCUGUGGUGGCAGUAGUAGCAGUAAAAGUAGUAGUAAUAGCAGCAGUAGCACUGGCAGUAGCAGUAUAGAAUUAGCGGUAGCAGUAAGGGUGGCAGUAGCAGUAGCAGUAGGGAUGGCAGUGGCAGUAGCAGUGGCAAUAGCAGUAGCAGUAGCAGUAGCAGUAGCAGUAGCAGUAGCAGUAGCAAUAGCAGUAGCAGUAACAGAAGCAGUAGCAGUAGCAGUAGCAGUAGCAGUAAGGGUUGCAGUUGCAGUAGCAGUAGCAGUAGCAGUAGCAGUAGCAGUAGCAGUAGCAGUAGCAGUAGCAGUAGCAGUAGCAGUAGCAGUAGCAGUAGCAGUAGCAGUAGCAGCAGCAGCAGCAGUGGCAGUGGCAGUGGCAGUGGCAGUGGCAGUGGCAGUGGCAGUGGCAGUGGCAGUGGCAGUGGCAGUAGCAGUAGCAGUAGUAGUAGCAGUAGCAGCUGCAGCAGCAGUAACAGUAGCAGUAAGGGUGACAGUAGCAGUGGUAGUAGCAGUAGCAGUAGGGAUAGCAGUAGCAGUAGGAGGAGGAGGGGCAGCAGCAGCAACAUACUAACCUCACACGGUAGGCUCGUCAAAUUUAAAGUUGGUUUCCACGAGGGGCGUAUGAAUAACAUAUUAAAGAACGUAUACCUUUAUAUACAUUACAUACAUUUUAUAAAGGGCAAUGUAACCACAUCUACGAUACGCUAGUUAAACACAAGUAUGUUUAUAAGGCAUGCAUAAAUUUACAAAAGUAAAUUACAGAACAGUUUGGAAAUAGCACAAAAUUUAUCUCCUGACAGAAAUUAGGAGGUAUGAGCGUGAAUUCCAUUUUUGAUUACUGCCAAUGUAUCCGAAUUACGCACAUUUGCAACUAGAGAAUUCCGAACUUUAACUCCAUCGUGGGAAACUCCAGCGACUCAGAUUCGCAUGUUAUUGUUCAUGCUGAUAAAAAUCAUUGGACAUUGCCAAAGACAAAUUGAUUAAGUACUGUUUAAUAAACGAGCAGGUGCGUUUUAUUAUGUUUAAAACACGACUACAAAUUCAACAGAUAUACUGCUUUAUUAGAAUUAUUUAUAUAAAGAAUACUAAUGAGGACACGACUGCAAUAGAUACUGCCUUAUUAGUAUUCUUUAUAUAAAGAAUACUAAUUAGGAGUGUUUUAUCAGGUUUAAAGCCACUGCACGUCACAUAUUAUGGUUGACAUGAUUUGCCAAUAAGUUAUGAAUUAUUAAUGAGUGUUUGAAGUUUUGUUUAAAAUUGGAUGAAAUUUGGGUCGAACAAAAAUUAAGGUUUGUCUUCCUAUACCAGGUGGAAUAAACUAUAUGGGUAAUUAGCAUAAUUUAUGCAUGUUACAUAAAAAUUUGCUGGGGGAGGUAUGCAGUCUAGGAUAUUAUUGAUAUGUACUAGCUGUAUUUACUUAUUUACUUUACAGAUGGAUGUCGUUAUGAUGAACUCAUAAUAUCUGGAAGUUUAUCAAAAAAAUUGUGUGGGACCAACACUCCGGCGCCAUUUGUGAUUGACGUGAAUGUCGUCACAUUGAGAAUGGUGACAGAUGGUAGUGUUGAACAAAGCGGUUUUGAUCUCAAAUUUAACACGAGUCGGAGUAAGCAAUAUCUAGUAUAUGUAAUAUCUAUCGCAAGAAAGCAUGCCAUAGCUAGAUUAACUUUUUUGAUUACUUCCUGUGUACAGGAUAUUCCUAUGUUUAUUUUUUCUAGCAACUGGUUUGCCCCCAGCAGUUAGUGUGUGUCCGACAAGAACAAUCACCCCCAGAGCUACUGGUCGUGUCCACUCGCCUGGAUUCGCUGGUAACUAUGGCGCCAAUCUGAACUGUAAGCUUACCCUGAAUGUGCUUUCAAAUAAGGACGUUGAAAUUUCCUACAACUAUCGCGAUAUUGAAAGUAAGUGCACAACAAUUACACUAUACUGUAUAACAAUGACAAUACACUUUAGAAACGCUUUGCUCAAAACUUUCCUGAUAUUAAUCUAUAAAUAGCCCUAUUUGGGUUAACUUAAUAUUCCUGGCUAACUUUCCUGGUUAUUUUAAUCUUAUUUUUCUAUAAUCUGGUUAAUUUGACCAAUACUUACUGGUUAAAUUAAAAUGCAACGCUAAUGUUUAAUAAGCAGACUAUCCACCAAGCAUAGUCUGGUUAUUUUAACGUUAAUUCGCGUCCUGUGAAACAUAACCAGACUCCUGUUAAUUCACAUAAACCAACCGUGAUAAAAAGUGAGAUAAAAUAAUCAAGAAAUUUAACCAAGACAAUGGACAACUUGCCAUGAUAGACAAAAUUUUAAUCUAAGUAAAGAGAAGCGAAUCAAAACCAACGGCUAAAAAGAACAUAAAGUAAUAUAAUUUUGAAAAUUUAGUUGCGAAAUGUUGUAAAGCUUAAUUGGAAAAUUUAGCAUUAAUUGCAAAAUUUUGCAUAUAUUUGUAUUCGGCGUGCGGAAAUUGUUUCCAUUUUCGGCUCAAAAAUGGCAACAAUUAUAUUUCCGCGCGUAUUAUAAACAUAUACAAAAUAUGCAAACCUCGCAAGGCUAUAUUCUCCCUAUUUUAUAACAUUUCGUAACCAAAUUUUGCAAUUUUACAAAUUUUAAUAAGUUUUUUAUGAGAAUUUACUUUUUUUGCCUAGAUAAAAAAAUGGUUAAUUAAACCCAAAUAGUGUUAUUUCGAGGAUAUACGCAGGAAAGUUUCAUCAGAGUUUUUUUAGAUUUAACAUUAGUCAAGUAUAAAAUAAAACAACUCCGAAUAGAAGUUGCAAACAAAUUGGGAGUUCGUUCUUCAGUUAUUCAUUUGGUGAUGAAGUUACAGCAGACAACGCGGGAUAUUCAUCAAGUAGUUACUACCUGCGUUAUUCUUCUUGCUCUUGUUGCUGCUCUUGAUAUUGUUGUGGAUAGUGUUGUUGUUUCUGUUGUUGCUCUUGUGGUAGUUUCAGCUGUUGCUACUGCUAUUGGUGGUAUUGUUGUGGUGGACGCAACGUUGUUGUAACUGUUGCUACUGCUGUUGAUGGCAGUGGCGUAGCUAACGAAAUUUCACUUGUCCUGCUCUAAGACGCAUACAUUCUAGGGGGGUCGGGGGCAUGCUGGCCCGGAAAAUUUUGAAUUUUAGAAAUCUGGAACGGCCAUUUCCUGCGAUUUCACGGCGAAAUACUCCAAAAGGAACAUCAAUAAAUUGUGUGAUAUGCGGAAAAAUUUUUAACAUUUUUUUAGAAGAAAAAUGUUGUAACUUUUUGAAAUCCAUGUAUUUUUUAUCUUAUUUCACUAUAUAUUUUUAAACUUACCUGAAAAUUUAGCUAAAUAUAUAUUGUAAAGUCACGAAAGAGGAAAAUAUCAUGUAUACAAUACGCGUCUGUAAUAUUAUCUUUCGCUUGAUCAACAUAUAAUCAACAAUUGCGUAACUAUUGUAUUCUUGAACACGGCGUUUUAUACACUAUAACUCUGCGGCUAGCAUUCGUUAAAAAUUCACUACGUUUGUUAGUAAUGUGUUAAACUUUAUAUAAUGGAGUGGUAUCAACUACAGAGUGAAGUACAGGCCACUACGCUUGACAAUCUGAAUGCAAUUCAGUGUUCGUGUUUCAGUGCAUAAAGCAGAUGAACUGGCAGUAAAUAUUACGUUCUUACUUUAUAUCAAUGCGACAAUCUUCACAAAUAAUGUUUGUAUUCCCCAUUAUAUUGUACUGUAUUUAAUUAUAUAUAUACACGGUAACCUAUUAAUUGAUAUUGAUUUUCAUAGUGCCGUGUAAUAUUUACAAGUAAGAGAAUAGAAUUAUAAUAUUUACAAUUUAUCGUUUAGAUGCUGAUUCCAGGUCUUAGCCCCCAUAUAACUAAAACUUCUCGUCAUAGAGUUUGUAUUUGGUUUUGACAGAAAUUUGCCAUUACCUCUUAAAUUAUAAUUCGAAUUGUUGCACUGUUCAAAAAGGCUACCUAUUAUCUGCGGACCAUUAUCAUUCAUAACAUUACUCAUACAUUUUUCCAUGAGAUUUUCUUGCCUUUCAUCCAGUGUUUUCCAGCCUAACUUAAGUUAAGUAAUAUUUCUUUUGAUCGAACGUCAUAAUUAUCACCUGUAAAAACCCUUGCCGCUCUGUUUUGAAGUUUUUGUAAAUUUAAUUUUAAUGUUUCUGAACAAUUACUCCAAACAAGGGAGCAUGCAGUAAUUAAAAUGAGGUAAAAUAAGUGAAUUAUAAAUCAUUUUCAAAGUAUUUCGGGAAACAAAACACUUGCAAAACCGUAGCAUUCCUAUACCCUUCGAAGUUUUCUUACAGAUGCUAUGUUUAUUCUCUUUCCAUUUUAGCUUGUCAUCUAUAAUGAUUCCUAGACUUUUUGUUUUGUAAAGGCGUUUUAUAUUAUUAUUUCCAAUGGAUCAUUUGCAUUAUAAACUAAAUUUUGAUCUAGACAAAUAUUUCAUCACAGAUUGAAAGAGCAUCACAAAAUUAGUAAUAUUGCAAAGAUUCGUUGCGAAAUGUUGUAAAAUGCGGAAAAUAUAGUCUGGCGAAGUUUGCCGUUUUUCAGUCAUUUUGUAUUAUGCAUGAGAAAUGGACAGUCCAAUUGGGUGUUACGGGGCAACAAUUUCCCGUUUGUAAUACAAAAUGACUGAAAAUUGCAAAUUUUGCAAGGCUAUAUUAUCCGCAUCUUACAACAUUUCGCAACUAAACUUUGGAAUAUUACUAAUUUUGUGAUGCUCUUUCAAGCUGUGAUGAAAUAUUUGUCUAGAUCAAAAUUUAGUCCAUAAUGCAAAUGGUCCAUUGUGGUAAUUUGAUCCGUUUGAACUUUAGUAAAGCUGUGCUUGGAUCCUAUGAUCGUAACCAUGUAUGUAUUUUUUGAAUUUCAGUAUUUAAUUUCACACUAAUUUGAUCAACAUUUGUAGCAUUUACGAAAAUAUUUGUAUCAUCAGCAAAAAUGCUUGGAAUACAUUCAUCAAGACAGUUUGGCAGAUCAUUAAUAUAAAUCAGAAAUUUGAUCAAGAUUUGAUCCUUGAGGUAUCCCACAUCGAACGUUCCUGAUUGACGACUGACUUUGAUUAAUUUUACAAAAUUGUCUCCUAUCUUUUAAGUAGGAUUCAAACCAUGACAGAGAUUGCUUUUGAAAGCCAUAAAGUUUUAAUUUCUCAAUAAGAAUAUCAUGAUUUACAGUACAAACACCUUUUUUAAGUCAAGAAAUAAUUUUUUGUAUGAAUGUGCUGAAACACGAAUCGCGUGUAAAUCAAUGUAGAGUUGCAGUUCCUAGGUAACAAACACGGCAAGCUGUAAAAUUGCGUAAAUAUAAAAGAAUACGAAAAACUUUUUAAAAAAUAAUAAAGAAAAAGACGAAAAAAUGAGACAAAUAACAAAAUGAUAAUGAUGAAUUUUUAAGGCUUCAAGAUAAAUAAAGCAAUGUUUUAGCAAGGAAAUGUUGGGAAAUUUUUAGUCCUGCUGGGCAGGACAAGCAGGACUGCUAGCUACGCCACUGGUUGAUGGUAUUGUGGUGGUGGAUGUUGCGGUUGUUCUAGCUGUUGUUUCUGUUGUUGAUGGUAUUGUAGUGAUGCAUGCAUUGUUGUUGUUUUUGUUGUGAAGUUGUUGUUGUGGUGGAUGUUGUUGUUGUGAUAAAUGUUGUUGUUGUGGUGGAAAUUGUUGUUGUGGUGGAUGUUUUUGUUGUUGCUGCUUUGUUGGUAAUUUUGUCGUUUAGUUGUAUGUUGUUGCAAUUGUUGAUGUUGUUCCAGUUGUUUCAGUUGUUUAUUUUCAUGCUGCUUGUAUAUUAAUUGCUGUCGUUGUUACUCAAUCUAACGGUGAAUUAUUUACUAUUUUGCUUACAGAUGCUUCCCAGUGCUCGAAGGACAAGUUAACUGUUGCGGACAACAGUGCUUCUAACUACACGUGUGGUGUGUCAUCUGCCGGCAACACGACAACAUAUAGAGAUGGUAAUGUCUCGUUUCUUUUUUCAACUGAUGGCAGUGGCUCUGGAAGCGGAUUUAUAUUGACAUAUAAACUCUUAAAUAAGUCUCCAGUCUCAAGUAAGUACGAUCAAUGAGAAACUAGGCCGCACCGCUUGUUGCGGUAACGAUUUUUCUUCCAGUGAUAGUUGGACUUCCAUUGACACCAGUGUUUCUACAACGAAAGGAACGCCCUGUUUAAAUAAAUUAUUUAUUUAAAUAAUAAAUCGUCAUAUAUAAGAUGAAACCCACUCCGAAUAUUAACAUCUUGGUGAUGGUGAAGGUGACGUAGUCAGCUGAGAGAGAAGAAAAUGGACUAUAUUUAACAAUUAUUGAAUGAGGUUGAGCAUGAUAUGAAGAAUGACCAAGCCAGAAGUUUGUGUUAUUUUAUUUUGUUUACGACGAUAUGAAUAUAAAACCUCAGCGAGAACUGGCGGCCAUUCACAAAAGAUUUUAAACCAUUACUGUAUUUUGAACAACUGUAAUAAUCACUUUCGUAAACCCGUGUCUUGAUCAGUGCUAGCUACGUCGCAAAGCAUCAAAGUUUCGACUGUAAUGAUUGUGAAAGUGUAAUGAUUUUAUUGUGUUUAGAUCUUGAUUUUAUUGUGUUUAGAUCAAUCCACAUCAGCUGGUCAACCCACCCAACCUUCCUCCACUACUGAAAGUACCACUAAACAUUCCUCAACUACAGAUGAAAUCAUUCAACCUUUCUCCACUACUAAAAGGAACAUUCAACCUUUUUCCACCACUGGGGGUACCACUCAACAUUUCUUCACUACUGAGAGUACCAUUCUACCUUCCUCCACUACUGAUGGUAAUACUCAAUCUUCCUUCACUACUGAAGGUACCGCUCAAACUUCCUCCACUACUGAUGGUACCACACAACAUUCCUCCACUACUGAGGGUACCACUCUACCUUCCUCAUCUACUGAGGGUACCGCUCAACCUUCCUCCACUACUGAGAAUUUUAGACCAGGUAAGGCGUUUGUUUAGAAUUUAGUACACUUUAACAAUGAUAGCAUGUUGGACAUACCAUAUGGAAUGCGUACUUGAUCACGAAUCAUGCAUCCCCAUUUUCCCAAGCGCGUGCCAAUGGCGUUCACCUAAAAUCCGCCGUAUUAAAUUUGACAAGGAGUGGAUACUACAAAGUAUAACUAUAGUGGGUAUUUAGAUCUUGAAUUUGUCGUUUCUUCUUCGCUGUGGUUCUUGCGAAAUCUAAUUCUUCAUUGUAAACAUUCAUGAUAUCAUUUGGUUUUAAUUAAACUGUUCUUCGUCGAGGUCCAGUAUAAGGAGACGCUAAAUUUUUGUAGACAAACUUCAUUUAUACUCGCAUUUAUUAUGGCUAACUCUAUCAUUAGCGGUCUCCCAGAGGUCCAGUAUGGGUCAUCACUUAACGGUUUAGUGUAACAACAGGAGAAAACCUAAACUAACUUAAAGAUGCUGUAAAACCGCAAUGUAAACAAACUCUUUGUUACUUUUUGACCAGCUAUAUUUAAAUAAUAUGAUACACCUUAUUAUAGGAAAUUAACGAUGCACUUUAUUAACGCGGAUUUUAAAAAUUCGCGUUAAUUUAAUUAAUGUUAAUUUAUGUCAUCGUUAAUUUUAAGUAUCCAAUUUUUAUUUGUCGUCAGUUAAAAAGACAUUGAUUUGUUUUAUAUAACACUAACUCUCCUAAUAUCAAAAUACAGCAUAUUAACGUAAACUAUAAACAUUAGUGCUCCUCUCAACUCAGUUCACUAUCUGAUUCGCGUUAAAUUUAAUUAAUUUAUUAACCAUGGAGAUCAGAUUCGCGUUAAUAUAAUUAUGUUUUAAAAGACCUAGAAGCAAUCCGCGUUAAUUUGAUGUCGCGUUAAUUUAUGUCGCGUUAAUAAAGUGCAUCGUUAAUUUCCUAUAAUAAUGUACUAUCCGAAUAUCUAACACUUUUGUAGUUUGCUAUGCUUCUAAAUGAACAUAGGCUAAACGUUUCAAUUCAAAAAGUACCAAAUGGGCAAUGUUUAUAACUGCGGGUCCCCUUUGUUAUGAGCAGAACUGAUGCGCAGUGCGGAAUUUACAGCAUCAAUAAUUAGAACUUAAUACCGAUGUUGAUACGGGACAUCAUAAAUAGCUACAGUAGCUCUUUCAGUUCUAAACGGCUGUUCUCACAAAUCACAAGUGGUUCAGUGUCACGACAGUAGAAAAACUAAACUAACUUAGUUUAAAGUCCUUACUCAUAAUUCACAAUCGGGGACCCUUUUCCGAAGGAAACAGGAAUAAACGUGGGAGAACAAACAAAAGCUGGCCUACUUGCGAAAGGCCAAAUCACUGCCAAGAUCUGGACGCCUUUUUCUUGUCGUUUAAUUCAAGUUAUAACAACUUUGUAUAUAUUUUAACAUUUUGUCCCAACAACGAAAGCUAGAAUCGAGACUGCGAUGAAAACGACCGCUCUUUCUCCUGUGUGGAAAAUGUCAAAAUAUGACAAUGUAGCGAUGGUGUUUAUCCAGAGGUGAAAAACGGUAUUUUAUUGAGAUUGUAACGUCAAUAUUUAUCUUAUUCCGUGACAAAAUGAAGACAACCAAGGAAGGAAAGUUUUAUUUUCAUAUCUUGGCAUUAAUAUGAAAGAAAACAAGAGGUCAAAAUUUACGAGAGAACUUCAAAUACUAGUGAUUCGCAUGGAAAAUGUUUUACUCAUGCAUGUAUGAAAUAUGUUUGGGCCUGGAAAACUUUCUGCAAGCAGUCUAGAAGUUUAAGUAAUGGAAGCCACCUUCGCUGAGUGAGUAGUAAGCUUAUUUCUUUAAUUGACAAUGGUUUCAUAUUUCCUGUGCUGAGUGGUUAUAUUACUACCUGAAAUAAACAAGCAGAUCCUCGACGUUUCGAGCGAAGGCCCUUCGUAAAGAGUUAGUAGCUACUAACUCUUGACGAAGGGCAUUCGCUCGAAACGUCGAGUUUCUGCUUGUUUAUUUCAGGUAGUAAUAUAACCACUCAGCACACCAUUUUCACAUUGGUGCUACCUGCACUUGUACAGACAGUUUUAGUUUCAUAUUUCCUACGAUUUUGGAAUUGUAGACGUUUGUACACGUUUGAUAAUUGUUGGGUUUUUUGCAAAAGUUCCUUUUCCGAUUGACCCCAGGAUAUAUUUUUGUACAGUAAAUAUUUCAGAAAAAUGACCAUAUAUUUUCUCAAAAUCAUUACUUCAACGUUCAUGCUUAGUUUUAUGGAUAAUUUGUGGAAAAUGCGUUGAUUUUUUAGUCAAAAUUUUUCUAGUCCUGCGAUGCCCGUCAUUUUUCCCGCGUUUAUUCAUGUUUCCGAGGAUACGGGACCCUGAUUGCGAUUUAUUAGUAAGGUUUAUGAGUUACACUGUUAAUUUGAAGGUGUUAAAAUAACACCAAAAAUGGUGUCAAAUAAAAAGGUACAAAAUAACACCUUUUUGGGUGCUAUUUUAACACCACUUUGUAGGGUGUCAAAUUAGCACCUGCAAAGGUGUUAAAAUAACUCCAUUUUUAGUGUCAUAAUAGCACCCUUUUCGGUGUUGUUUUAGCACUCUAACCUUAGUGUUAAAAUAACACUCAAUUUUAGUGUUAUUUUAGCAUUACCGAAUAUUAAAAAUGUAUAUCCCUUCUAUCCAACACACAAAACAAUUAAUAAAAUAAUCUGUUGAAAAAUUUAUUUACAUUAUACUUUACAGCAUUACUUAUCUAUGUCAUAUAUGAAGUUUAUAGUAAAUUCAGAGUUAUUGCACCUAAGGUUUACACUAUAUAGAAACGUUCACAGAAAUAGACCAUGAUUGUGACGCCAUAACUCUCCUCGUACUACACUCUAGUCAUUAAAGAUAAGGACAAUACCGUAAACUUCCAACUAUAAGCCCUGGGCUUACAUUCUUUCGUAAGCGAUUUUUGAUGGGCGUUUUCAUGGACAAUCUUUUGUGUUAGUUUAAUAGCAAUGUACAAGUAUAGUAAUAGUGAUAAACAAGUGUUAAACAAGCAUAGUAAUAAUAAUGAUAAAUAGUUGUAAUAGUGAUAAACAAGUGGGCUUAUUUAUAUUUGGGUGGGCUUAUAUUCAGGGGGGGGGCUUAUAUUUGGAAUGAGGUGAGCGUUAGUACAUGUGGUGGGCUUAUACGUGGGGGGGGGGUGGAACUUAUACAUGGGGGACUUAUAUUUGGAGAUUUACGGUAUAUCCUGCAUGUACAAUACAUGCAUUACAUUAAUGAUCAAUAUAAUAUCAUCAUUAUCAUAAAUUGUGCAUUAUCAUAAACUGCAGGUUGUUGGCUAUAUUGCACAAUUUGAAUUUUUCACAAACAUUCCCUCUGCAAUCAAUGAAAUAAAACUUAUCUCUUCCAGAGGUCCAGUUCCAAUAGACAAGGGGUUGAGAUCCUGAUAAAAGGGUUUGAGCAUCCUCUACACAAAAAGAUUUAAACAUAGAAUAAAUUUCUGUACAGUAUACAUACACAUAUAUAGAUUAAGUUCUUUCAAUUAAGUAUCUUAAUCUAUGUUAAUUGUUUAAUCCAUGUCCAUAAUAUAAACACACAGAUACUAAACAAUUGUUUUUCAAAACCUGUAAUCACUGUAAUCAAUCAUACAGCAAAGUAGACUAUUCACUAGCUACAGUUGCAAACAGUAGAUUGUUUAACUACCUGAAAAAAUAAGAAUUUCUUUGAAUAAUUUUCUUAUUUUUCAAUCAGUAAUUAAACAACCUACUUUUGAAAAUACUUCUCACAAUUACAUACUUUGAUUCAGUUGGAUCAUUUCAAUACAGUUUAUAUCCGUCACAAUCCAAAUGAAAGUUUAUGUUACCGGUGAAGAUAAUUUGUAACCAAUAGAAUCUUUGCUGAAUGGUAAUCUAACCCAUUAAGCGGGAGCCCUCUCCCCUUGACAAGUAAAAUCGUCUGGUGUUAGACAAAGUAAAAUAAUAAAGUAGGGUGCAAUUUAUGUGGCAGAUAUGACAGUUAACCCAUGUUAUAUGGGCAGAUAUGACAGUUAACCCAUUAGCACCAGCUCUCUCCCCUUGAUAAGUAAAAUCAUCUGGGAUCAGACAGAGUUAAAUAGUCUGGCAUUAAAUAAAGUAAAAUAAUAAAGUAGGGCAUAUCAGGGCAUAAUGUAACUCAAUUUGUAAUUUUCUGUGGUGAGUCGGCUAGAUACUGUAAUUCAUUGUCAAUUAAUAAUUUAACGUCAAUUAUUGAUCAUUUAUUGGCAUUAAUUGUCAAAUUGCCACAAGAUAACAGAGAUAAGUUCACAUAAAACGCACCCACUUAUAAUGUCGAUUCGAUGUUGUUGUGGCAACAUGAAUAUGGACGUGGCCCCUGAAACAGUUUCUUUAUGCAUAAAAUUGUGAGCCUGGAAAUUCUCAGAAACAUAUAAACAAUAGUAUGAGGGACUCAGACAUGUAUCCUCAAUAUAUUCAGGGAAUUUAGGAACAUUCUACCUGGGUUGUCUGGAUAUUAAAUAGAAAUACAGCUAUUUACUAUGAUAGUACAAUAUAGAUAACACAAAGGAAGGAUUGUUCUGCUCUUAGGCCCCAUUUACAUGAAACCAGGACGAAGUCAAACUGGAAGGAAAAUUGAAAUUGUCAACAUGUUUACAUGAGAUCAGUACAAAAAUCACAAAAUUUCCAAUUUAUUCCCCUUGUUAGGCAAUUUUCUUGUUCAGAUGGCUUUUGUUAGCAUAUGUUGUUCCAAUGUCAAGGUUACAGCCAAGACCGGUCUGAAAUGUAUUUGUGUUUACAUUCAUGCCGGUCUGAAUUCAUGCCAGUCUAAAGUCAAUCGGCUUGAUCCAGCCGGCAGAAUGACUUGAGACUGGUCUGUCGAGUUAUUUUCAUCCUGGUCGCUUGUGAACAUCUAUUAUAGAUCAUACUAUGAGCAAAACAAAAUGGUCCCGGUUUGACUUUGUUGUGGUCUCAUGUAAACAGGGCCUAAUACAAAGCCAUAGAACUUGCUUUGGAGAUUAUACUGGCCUCUGUAGCUCAUUUGGUUAGAGCGCUGCACCGGAAUCGCAGGGCUGUAGGUUCAAUUCCUACCAGAGGACCUUGUGCUGCAUUUUUCACAGUCGUUCCUGGUUAGGCCUUAAAAUGUAUAUAUUCUCACUUGGAUUACAAACCCUUACAUUCUAAAUUAAUUCCACCAAGUGAAGUGCAAGAAACCAUCAUUGAAGUCCACCUUAUCACAACCCGCACACCCGAUUACCUAUAUAUACAUGAACUUACGGUUACAGCUUAACAGCUGGCCUCUGUAGCUCAGUUGGUUAGAGCGCUGCACCGGAAUCGCAGGGCCGUAGGUUCAAUUCCUACCAGAGGACCUUGUGCUGCAUUUUUCGCAGUCGUUCCUGGUUAGGUCUUAAAAUGUAUAUAUUCUCACUUGGAUUACACACCCUUACAUUCUAAAUCAAUAUUAAUAGCCAUUGAGUCAACAUUGAUAUCCUCUCAAUAGAUCAAUACAUUAACAAAUAUAAAUGUUUAUAUUGUUAACUUUAAUGUAUUGAUCACUAUUGAAAGGGUAUCAAUAUUAACUCAUUUAGCUAAUAUUUAUCUAAUCGCCAAAGCAAGUUCCAUGGCUUUGUAUGAGCGAACAAUCCUUCCUUUGUGGGCCCUUGUAAAUAUAAUUGUAUAUUUCAUACCUUCUUGUAGCCUGUAUAUAUCAUGAUUUCGACAGUUCGACUUGCUUAGAACACAUACUAUGACAGUAUUUAUUGCUUGAAAUUAUAACCUGUCAAUACAAAGCAAUAUCACUAAGUUUUAAUGUAUUUUAAUAACAAUAUAUUGUUGAACCAAAUACAAAAUACAAUGCGGCCAACGGCAAUGGCGGUUAAAAUAUACAUGAAUAUAUUACUAUUUAUGGCACAUAUUUACACACGAAACUUAAAAAUAUUGACAUAGUUGAGCACUUACAUUUACAAUUAUUGUCUGAAUCUUCAAACAAUGGAGAAUUUCUUCUUAUUUUCUACUAUAAUUUAAGAAAUCUUGGCUUUAUCAACCGACGUUAAAUUAAAAUUUCCAAGCGACGCGCUAGAAAUGUGCUCGCUAAGCCCUCUGGGAGGCCCUUCUGAAGGCACUGAUCUCAAUCAUGUGAGCAAUCCAGUGCAAAUAAACCUGCAUUUCUAAGUUUUUUUGACAGAGACUCUUAACUUUAAAAUUCUAGCUGUCUUGUUAUAUCUCCCUUGCAUGAACAUAUUUUGUCAUCACCACACAAUUUCUUUUCACUGCAUAUUUUUACUGCCGGUUUAUCACUGCACACUUUCCUGACAUCACUAACACCAAAAUGACAGAUUGCUUCGAUUAUUUUUUAUUAGUUUUUCAAUGAGGCCCUACAAGGAUUACAUUAAAAGCGAUAAUAUGUAAAAAUAUGAUCCUUUGCCCCAUUUACUUGUCUGAAAAACGUAAACCGCUCCUACGUGGUCCGCCACUUUGAAUCUGAAAACCGGUUCACGAGGUGCUAUUUUGACACCCUAAGUUUAACUCUCAAAACGGUGCUACUUUAACACUUUCACUCAAUAGAAUGGGUGCUAUUUUAACACCCUAGAAAAGUGUUAAAUAUCUAUGGUGCUAAUUUAGCACUUCAAAAUCAAUUCCCAACUUCAUGGUGUUAAUUCAGCACCCAAAUUGGUGUUAGAUUAACACUUUUUAUUUAACACCACCACAAGGUGUCAUUUUAACACAUACGAAGGUGCUAUUUUAACACCUUCAAAUUAACAGUGUAUGUAGGAUAGUAAACUGUUCUCCUUGGAGGUCGAGUGUGUUUGGUUGAGUAAAAAGCUCUCAAAGAACUCUCAGAGGUACAGAAAGGCACACAUGCAUAAAAGACAUUUGCCAUUGUGGCACAAGCACUCUCAACUAUUUCAAGUAGUAUGUUCUUUAUACGUUUGCAUGGCGAUAAAACAUAUAAUAGUUUUGUGUGUGGAAACACCACGUAAAUUUAUUACUGCAAAGCUUUCGAUCCGUAAGCCCAGAUCUUCAUCAGUGCUCAUAAUAUGACAUAUUAUUAAGACAUAUAAUGUGACAUAUUUUUAGCACUAAUAAAGAUCCGGGCUUACGGAUCGAAAGCUUUGCAGUAAUAAAUUUACGUGGUGUUUCCACAAACAAAACUAUUAAGUUUCAAGUAGAUUGUAACACUUUAAUUUUGAGAACAUUCAAUUUCGUAAACAUUUGAAUUCGUGAAAGCCAAACUAAGUUAAAUAUUAUUUAUUUAUACUAAUUCUCGCACUUUUGUAGUAGAAUGUUUGUCUGUCGACAGUGAAACGGAGGACAAGAAAAUUCGCAUGCAUCUUCUAAUACCGCUGGUUAUUUUGGCCCUAUGUUUUCUUCUUUCACUUGCUGUGAUCAUAUACCAAAGUCGUCGUCUCCAAAAUAGCAAUAGAAGGGCGAGUCGUAGAGGGAUACUUGGUACGUAUGUAGUCUUUUACAUUAAACAAGUUAAUUUUAUAGUUAGUUUAUGAUUAUACUAGUCAGUGGAUAUCUUUACAAGUUUGUAACUCAUGGCCAGAAAUUUGGGACAGUAUGGCUGCUACCAAUUUUGCGAAUUUAAGAUGGCGGGAAUGCUAAAUUAAUAUUAUAAUCAUACAAAUGCGAUGCGCAUGCUGAAACAAAACAUAAUUUUCAAAGUGUUUACGUCUAGAAAUGUACAAAAUACCUCCAUGAGUAUUCCCCGAAACUCUUGACGUGUUACGAUUUGCCAUUACUCCGCCCGAGUAUCUCAAUUUUACAGUAUAAUCGCGCAAUGUAAACUCCUAUUAAGUACAGUAAAAUCCCCAUUGUUUACCAAGUUGAGGCCAGUGUAGUGUUGCAACAAGAGUUCGAAGACGAAUUGUUUACGUCUACAUUUCUUGUACGACAGUUGAUCUCUCCUUUUGUGCCGAUUUAGAUUCAUCUUAGCUUGUACUCGCUCCGCCAAACGCGUUUAAACUAGCGUGUAUUUCAUGAGAACUGUAAGCUAAUACCAAGUGUUUUAGAGAAAGCACUGCGAAGUCCUAAAUCUAUGAACGUUUUAAAAGCGUCGUCGUGAGUUCUUGUCAACCAUUUUGGAAACAUUUGUACGUACAACCGCUGAUUGUUGUUUAUAAAGGACAGGGGCCCUCCAAAAUAGGGAAAAAAUCGCGCCAAAGUCAAAUUUAAAUCCCGUGAAAUUCACCAUAUUUUGAUGUACUUUUGUAGUUUUGGACUUAGAAACUAUUGUGUUUAAUUCAUUAAAAGAUUGUAAAUAAGGAAAUAGUUGCCACAGUCUUUAACGGACAUAAAAUUAGCUCUGAAGUUCGCUUGAGAUGCCUUAUAAUGUCUGGUUGUAUUAUGCUGAUAUUCCAGAAUUUAGCGAAUUUUUGCGCCCGCAAUACAUUUCGCUGACAGUCCCUCAUUUCUGGCCAUGUGUUCUCCCUACGUAUAGAGGUCCAGCAUGGGCGAUCUUGUGUUGAUCCAGAAGGAAACCUAAAUCGUAACUUUAUUUAUGAUGCAUACCUGUAUCAGCUCGAACGCCUCUCCCCAUAGAAGCUCAGCGAGGACUUUUACUUGGUUCAAAUAUUCCGGAUAACUAGGAACUCGCAAAAAUUUGAUAGAGUCAAACCCAUGGAGUCACUGUUUUUAAAUUAUAAUAAGACAAGUAAACUUUUACUUAUGUUUCAAGAAUAUUUAAUUAUUUAAAUGACAAUAUCAGGUGAGGGUAUGAGUACGCAGGAAAUAUAUUAAUCACUGUAUAUAAUUUACUGGUACCUUUUAGUUGCAUUGUCUAAAAUUUGUAGUUUCCAUUUCAAACCUACAGGCGGACAAGAACUCUCGAACUACAUGAUUAUGAAAGGCGACAGCGAAGCAGGUGAUGAUUAG